AUGCCGCCCAGAGAUUUGGAGAAAGUAGCCCUCCGAACCAUAAGGCCGUCAGUGGCGGAUAGCACCAGUGCUUCCGCCAGUAACCCCAGCCAGUCGACGCCCGAGUCCACAAGCUCUGACCCUCGCCUUAAGCACCACACCGAUAAAGGGCGAGAUCCGGGUCCCUUACCCUCCAAGCGACGACGAGUGCCUGUAUCCAUCACACGGAACGCCUGUGUAAACUGCAAGAAGGCCAGAGCAAAGUGCGAUGGGAAUACGCCUUGUUUACGCUGCACGACGCGAGCAGAGACGUCACCUUGCGUCUACGAGGUUCAUAUCAAGCACGCUAAAGAGGAGUUGAUGAAACAGAUCCGCGAGCUUCGCACUAAGAAUCGACUGAGUGAACGAAUCUUUAGGACGCUGCAGUCCAGUGAAAAGGCACCCGACAUACUUCGCGCUCUAAGCAAUGGCGAGAGCAUCGAGAGCAUCGCCGAAAGCCUGGGUCGCCCGGGGACGGAGGAACAGGAAGGGGUUUCGCCCAUCGGAUCCCCCUCAUCCGCCGUUGGAGGCUCGGAGUAUGAACUUGACGCCCAAGUUAUGUCAGGGUUUUCCUGGACGACGGUGACCCACGACUCGGCCACAUUCGAUCAUCUCUUCCAGCUAUACUUCGCCUGGGUGCAUCCCGUAUCAACACUCUUCAGCGAAGGCCACUUUGUCGACGCGUAUCAGCACCAGAGGCAGAGACACUGCUCAUCUCCGCUCGUCAACGCCAUGUGCGCCCUUGCGUGCCAUUAUCACACCCAAUCCGAAGACAGCGAGUUAGACUCUGACCAGCUUGGUGCGCAAUUUUCUGAGGCAUUCCUUGCUGGUUUCGAGCCUGAUGAUAAGUCGAUCACAACUAUACAGGCCGCAGCCGUUAUGUUCUUGGUGGAGCUUGGCAGGGGGUUCGGACUGCGCGCAUCGUCAUAUCUCAGGCUUGCCACCGAAAGCAUUGCUGAGCUGUCGGCUAGCUCCAACGAUGAGCUGCCAUAUGUACUCAAGAAGACCAUCCAAGGUAUACGAUGUCUAAACGUUGAAUGGGCACAAUCGACCUUUCAGUUUCCCUCUAUCUUAGGGUUUCGUGAUGUUGAAAAUACUCACGAGGAUGCUACACAUGAUAAGUUGCCGUGGCAUUUCUACCGAUACGAAGAUGACCAGUGCCCAGCUUGGCCGAGUCUCCUCGCCACGACGAAUCGAGAGAAGAUAAAGCUCAUUAGCAUCAUCAACAAUGUGAGCAUGAUGAUAUGGAGCCCGCUAUCCAAUACCAUAACGGCUCGCCACGUUUUGGAACAAUAUAGUAAAUUUGUUGCCUGGCGACUGGCGCUGCCGCCUGUCCUUGGUGACGCCGAGACGACCACCCAGGCUCUCCCACACGUCCUGUCCUUGUUAAUCCUUUAUGAUUACUCCAUUGUCCAACUCUUGUGCCCCCUACUUGAGUUGGAAGGCUUUCCCUCCAGGCUCGUCGAUGAAGUCGUGUGGUCCCACGCACAACAUGCUCUCCUUCUCCUGGAGCGCCAUUACCGCUUGCACUACACGUGCCGCUAUCAGCCGGCCCUGCAGAUGUUCGUUGUCUUGAAUAUAUGCCACCUUAUCGCCCGCUUCUUCCCAGCAAAACCCACCAAUGAUCCAUCCAUUAAAGAUGGAUCUGAGGCUGUGACAAUUGGUAUUGAGGUCCUCCAUGAGUCAAAUGUUGGAUUCCCAGCCGCUGGGGCGUUGCAGGAGCUACUCCGGCGGUCUGCCGUUGCCUGUUCGCUGAAACUUCCGCCGAGUCUUGACUAUCUCCUAACGCAGCAGGGGAAUGGGCGUACGGCCCAUUCGUAUAAUGAUUUUAUCGACGUCUGCACCCGCCCGAGUUAUCACCAACCAUUACGUGGCGUGCGUGAGAAAUUCGACGGUAACUUCGCGGAGGAGUUUUAUACUCAAAGUCCAGAAUUUGGGUUUAGACUGCCGCCACCAGGGCAGCAGAGUCUGAGGGAGCUGCAGACCGAGUCGGAUAGGAGUAUCCCAUAUUUGAUGCAGAUUAGGAAUUUGCUGAACACGAAUUGA